UGAUAUGUGAAAAUAUUGAAUCAUUUAGUCUCAUACCUCAUACAAAAUCAUUAUAAAUGUAUGAAAUUUAAGAUAAUUAAAAGUUUAGUCUCUAUUAUUACCUUUAAUAAUCAUAUAAUUAAAAAACAAUGUCUAACUCUCAAGUAUCCAGUGAUGUCAUUAUAAUAGGUUGUGGUAUUAGUGGACUCAGUGUUGCCUAUCAUUUACUGUUCAAUGAAUUUUCCGGUCGGAUAAUAAUAUUAGAGUCGCGGCCCAGUAUUGGUGGUCGGAUAACGUCGACAUUUACCAAAUAUGAGAACCAUAGGAUAGAAUUGGGUGCCAAUUGGAUCCACGGAAUUAUGGGAAAUCCUAUCUAUGAUUUGGCUCUCAAACAUAAACUUAUUGAUCAAUAUUCAGGUAAUUCUGGAAAACAUUUGGUUGAGGCCCGGACUCUGACCGACUUGGAGGGAACCGUCAGAUAUGAUAAUUCAGUUGGAAAACGAUUAAAAGCGGACAUCGAUUCAUGGAUUUCGAGCUUAAAAGAUGUUGACGAAGAAGGAAAACAAUUAAGAAAAAGUGUAUUCAAUACACUACUUAAUAGAGAGACCUGUAUAUCGGGUUGUCAUUCAAUGAACGAAAUGAGUCUCAAAGACUUUGGUUCCUAUACUGAACUUCCCGGCGGUAACACAACUGUUCCGAAGGGAUUCAAUAAAAUACUUAAUUGUAUUUUAGAAGAAAUUGAUGACAAUGUCUCCAAAAAAUCCAAAUUGGGAGACAAAUCAAAUCUAAUUGAUGGCAAACAGUUAAGUAUAUUAAAGAAUCAAAGAGUGAGUAAAAUCAAUUGGAAGACUAUCACUCCUGAUGGCAGUCCUCCUAAAGUGCAAGUUAUUUGUGAUAAUGGAUCAACUUAUACCUCAAAUCAUGUGGUUAUUACUUUACCAUUAGGUGUCUUAAAAAAAGAAUCUGAGAAUCUCUUUGAGCCCAAACUACCCCAAUAUAAAAUGGAUGCAAUCAAUGCAAUUGGUUUCGGAACUGUCAACAAAAUAUUCCUCGAGUAUAGUUUACCACUAAAUAACUUUAUUGAUGUCAGUGUUGAUGAAACCAUAGUUUUGUGGGACGAGAAAAAUCCUCCAAAAUGUAAAGGUUUCCAAAAAAUAUAUUCAGUUUCAAAGAUAACAAACCAUUGUCUACUAUUGUGGGCGUCCGGUAAAGAGGCAGUUGAACUCGAAAAGAUGGACAAUGAAGAGAUCAAUGAAGAGUUGAGUCAAUUAUUACAGCAAUUGUUUAAUAAUUCAAAAUUGCCGAAAGCAGACAAUAUAGUAGUGACCCGUUGGGGAAGUGAUCCGUUUUCUUGUGGCUCCUACUCAUACAUACCAACCAACUCUUCUAAUCGCGACAUUGAGCUCUUAUCUCAACCAAUAUAUGCAGACCCGGCUAAUGAUAAGCCAAUUAUGUUAUUUGCUGGUGAGGCCACCCACCCGUCCUUUUAUUCAACUGUGCAUGGUGCUUUUCUAAGUGGACGAAAAGCAGCAUAUUAUUUGCAAGACAUAAAUGAUAACAUGUCAUCAAUUGAUUCAAAUCACAUUUUAAGUGCAAUAUCUAAACUUUAAAUUAAACUGUUAAACAA